CAUUCCGCACGGACUCUGUUGCAUGCGGUCUCGGAGAAGAGUCAUUUUCACCCGCUGCCACCACCGCCGCAGUCGCGUUCCCGUAAUCGCAAAACGUUUUUUUUAGAAUUUUUUUUUUACUUUGUUCCGUUUUCUUUUUAGAUCGCCAACGGUUUUUUAUAUUAUUAUUUUUUUAUUCCGACACAUUUUAUUUAUAUUGUUUCGACGAACAGCCCCGUCCCUCUUCCACCACGACCUUCCAUCGACUGCUUUAAAAUGGUCCGUUAUUUUAAUACGCAUACCACAUAAACAACGCCAUCCGUCGUCUCGUCUCCGGACAUCGGUUCAGAUCCGCACGACAGUUUUUGGGUAUCAAAUCAAACCGAUGAGGAGCGUUGGUCGUCACGUCGGUGCGGGAACCGACGACAUUCGUUUUCGGAGAAAUGCUGCGACCAACACUGCUGCCAUACAACCUGACCAGGCCUGAAUUGUGUCCAUCGUGGAAAACCGAGGCUAAUAAGAUAUCUCACACGUAGCCGUUAAGGAUGUGAAAUUUAAACGUCAACGAUUUUCACACUAUUAAAUGUGCAUUGUGAUAUGAUCGAGUGCAGUACAAAAAUAAAAUAAGAACAUACAAGGAACAGUGCAAUUUUGCCAUGUCUAUAGUUUUAAUGUAAUACUAAAGCUGAAUGCGAUUGAAUACGAUUUUAGUUCGCAGAUGGAUCAAACUGUCGUCAACAGUUCGGUCGCGGUGGCCGUCGGCAACGGCACUGCCGGCGGCGCUCCGGGAUCGGUGUCUGGCACCAACUGGACCACAGCAGUGGUGGCACAUGCGGACCUAACGCCGGUCCUGUCGCCGUUCGAGUCCUGGCAGAAGGUUCUCAUCGUGCUGGUCAUCGGCGUGUGCAUGGUCCUCACCAUCACCGGCAACAUACUAGUCCUGGUGUCGUUUAUCGUGGACCGGACUAUCCGUCAGCCGAGCAACUACUUCAUCGCAUCGCUGGCCGCCACGGACAUGUUAAUCGGUACGGUGUCGAUGCCGUUUUACUGCGUAUACAUACUGCAGGGCUACUGGGACCUAGGGCCGUUGCUGUGCGACCUGUGGCUGUCGGUCGACUACACCGUGUGCCUGGUGUCGCAGUACACGGUGCUGCUGAUCACGGUCGACCGGUUCUGUUCCGUGAAGAUCGCCGCCCGGUACCGGGGCUGGCGGACCAAGGACAAGGUCAUGUGGAUGGUGGUGCUCACGUGGAUCAUACCGGCGCUGUUGUUCUUCACCAGCAUAUUCGGCUGGGAACACUUUGUCGGUUACCGGGACCUGUUGCCGGGCCAGUGCGCCGUGCAGUUCCUCAAGGAUCCCGUGUUCAACACGGCGCUGAUCAUCGGCUACUUCUGGACAACGCUCAUCGUGCUGUUCGUGCUGUACGGCGGCAUCUACAAGGUGGCGUACGAGAUGCAAAAGAAGAGCGAAGCCAAACAGCGCAAGAUGCAGUCGAUGGUGGCGCUGAGUGCGGGCACCGUGUCCGGUAUGGCCGGUCACGCAGCCGGCAUCGGCAUGUCCAAGACCCAAAGCACUCUGCUCGUGCAGGACAAACGCAGCAACAGCAGCAACAGCACCAGCAGCAGCAGCAACAGCAGCAGCAGCAGCAGCAGCAAGCAGCAACAGCAACAGCAACACCAUCAAAACCAACAGCAGCAACAGCAACAUCGUCAAAACCAACAGCAGCAACAGCAACAACUGCAGCGGGCGGCCGGAGGCAACAGGUCGGCGGCGACCGGUUUCGACGACAACGCGGCGACGGGUUGCAAGAACGCGGGCCCGGACGACCGCAACUCUACGGCCGUGGUGGUGGUGGACAAGGAGCGGUCGAGCAGCCCGGCGUUUGAGUCGGACGAGGAGAGCACGACGGGCGAGAAACAGCAGCAGCAGAUCAACUGGCCGCGCAAAAAAUCGGUGGCCGAACUGAUCGUCCAGUCGGCGCUCGUGCAGCGGUCCAACAGCGGCAUACACCUGUCGCCGUCCGACAAUCUCAUACCGUACUCCGGUGCGUCCGGCAACAACAACAACUACAACAACAACAACAACAACAACAACAACCGCGGUAAUCAACCGAUCGUCCGGUCGUAUUCCAACACGGCCGUCGUCAGUUGCGGCGGCGGGCUGACGGGAGCGCGGCCCCGGACGCCGCCCGACACGCCUUCGCCGCCCGACAGCCGGGUGGACGCGCUCGUCGGCAUGGACACGAGUGAGCUGCACUUCAUGGACGACAGUUCGAUCGUCAUCGGGUCGCCGACGAUCGAGAGUCCGACCAACAGCACUAGUUCGAUGAACGAGACCAUGUCCUCGGCCCAGUGUUCUCCGGCCCACGGUGCCGCGGCCUCGUCGUCGCUGCUGCAGGCCGCACUCAUCCGGGCAGCCGCGGCCCAGCAGAUGAGCCAGUCGGGCGGCGGCGCCGUGGCCAAGGUGAACACGGCGGUCGUGGUUGACGGCCGCCAACGCGGUUCCGCGUCGGCCACGUGCACCACGACCGUGGUGGUGGCCGGGCGCAUCGGCCGCGGUGCCGGUAACGACGACGACGACGACUACGGCGACGAUUACGGUGACGACGGCGACGCGGCCGGCACCGGUACCGGCGAAAAGUCGUCGUCCGAGACGACCAAGAGCGGCGGCGGCGGUGGCGGCGGUGGCGGUGGCGGCGGUGGCGGUGGCGGCGGCGGCGGCGGCGGGGAGAAGCGCGAGGGCAGUUCUCGCGGCGACUUCGUCCGGACCAUCGGCAAGCGUCUGAAGGUGAAACGGCCAAAGGUGUCGGGCCGCCAAAAGUCCAAGUCCGAGAACAGGGCCCGGAAGGCGUUCCGCACCAUAUCGUUCAUACUGGGCGCGUUCGUGGCCUGCUGGACACCGUACCACAUACUGGCGCUCAUCGAGGGCUUCUGCUCCAACCCGCCGUGCACCAACGAGCGGCUGUUCCUGUUCUCGUACUUCUUGUGCUACGCCAACAGCCCGAUAAACCCGUUCUGCUACGCGCUGGCCAACCACCAGUUCAAGAAGACGCUCACCAGGCUGAUGAAGGGCGACUUCCAUAUAUCAUAGGCCGCGACGUCGGCCGAGACACGCCCGCGCGCGUGUUCCCGCGACGUUCCUGUUCCUGAAAACGAUGAUUGUUUCCGGACCGACGUGUGCGCCGCCGUUCGGUUUUCCGUUUCGCGCGUCCGUCACUUCCGGUCGCCCCGCCAAUAUUAUAAUAAUAUGUGUACCGGUGUUCCUGUGUACGCGCGGUCGCCGGAAUAUUCUGGACUGUUAAAGUCGGUUAGGUAAAGCGGUCAACGCUUUAGCCCGAACAGUUCUAGUACAUUAUAAUAUAAUUACAUCAAAACGAUACUUUCGUCAGUCGAUGAACAUCUCCUAAGUCUUCGGAAACCCAAUAAACCUCGUGGGAGCACACGGCAUGUAUUCUUACAAUAAUCAUAACUUUAUUUAUUAAUAUACAGAAAUGUUGUAAAUAUACUCUUAAUAGUGUCUUGAUAAAAAAAAAGAAAAAAAGAAAAAAACCACUAUAAUUUAUCAGCUUAUUAUACGUUAAUCAAUAAAUAACUAUAAAAAUAUGUGUAGCACACAUUCAGUUUAGCUUAGAUUUUUAUAGACCUUUUUAUUAAUGACUUAAAGAUUUAUUCGUGUAAAUAAAUAUUAUUCAUAAUAAUAUUAUGUGUUUUUAAACAGGGUAACAUCAAAACUGUACUUUAAAAUGUUUAAUUAUUCUUAAAUCUAUUG